AUGUCGAAAGCCGAACAAAAAAUAGAUCUUAACCGUUUGGACCUUAAUCAUACAUAUACCUUCGAGGAAUUUGAAUAUUUAAAUGAACAAUUAAAAUACCAUACUUUGGAAAUCAACGGACAACCUGUUGAUCUUUUCGAACUUGACGAGAAGGGAAAGCUUGUUCCAAUGCCACAGGCCACUCACUGGAUGGAGGUUACUGUUGCAACAAUUGUGGGGCAACUUGAUAGAUGGAAUAUUCAAACUCGACAAAACGGUGACAUCAAAACAGCACAAGGAGGAUUUAACUUUAAUGUUGAAGGUCAAAGAACGAUCAGGGCACCCGAUGUCUCUUUCACUCCCAAAACUAUAUCCCGCCAAUUGACUCAAUCACAGGGUUGGACUUUCCAGGGUCAACCAUUCACUCCCACGUUCGUUGUCGAGGUUGGAGACACUGAAGGUAGAUCGAAGUUCGAAGAAUUAGACCACCGAUUUAAACAUGUAUUUUUUGCAACUGGUUCGGGUGUGCAACUCGGUUGGUUGAUCGACCCCAGAAAUAAAAGAAUUUGGGUAUACAAGCGGAAUCAGCAGGGAAAUGUCUUUCGUCGUGAGCACACCUGGGGGGAUAUAAAUGGAGGUGAUGUAUUGCCAAG